AGAACAAAAUGGAACUCCUGGUCUGUCAGUGGAAUGCACAAUGAAGCCUCCAAGGAGUGAAAUCAGAAGAGAGAGCAAUUGUGAUGCGCACGAAGAACUUUCUGGAACCACUGAAAAGCAGGAAAAAAUGGCAGAAGAUCAUCGUCUUGCCCGACAGAUUGCCGAAAUCCUGGACGAAUGCCGGCUUUCCCACGCCGUCCAUACACGAAAGCUGAAGGAGCUCACUGCGAUCCGCUCCACCGUCCCUAGUGACCGCUUCUUUCCCUCCUUCGCACGGGCUAUCAGACCCCUCUUUGAUCUCUCCCGGCGGACGCCUUCAUCAGAGCGUGCCGUACGUUUCGUCGCCGCCUUCGCUGCCCGUCGGGACGGAAAGAACGCCUUUUUAUUUUUAUCGGACGAUUUGCUGUUUGGAUUUUAUGCGUUUUGCCUCAUAUUUGUUGGAGUUCUAGGCCUUCCAUUUUCAUUUCUCACGUUUAUUGUCUCGAUGGCCUUUAGGGCCUCUCCAUCCGAAAAAACUCAUUUUCACUUCAAAAUUCAAAAUGCAAUUAUUAUGCGUCUACCAGAUGAUGCAGAGGUGAGUGACGAAGUGUGGGAUGAAGUCAUAGAAAGCAUGAAGCAUCGAUUGGACGACAAAGUGUCAACCAUCCGUGGCUUUGCAGUAUGCGCAUUGUCACGCUUUGCAAGUGAUACAGAGAAUUCAAACAUCGUUGAGCUCUUCCUGAGGAACUUGUCUCAGGAGCAAAAUGCUGAUGUUCGGAAAAUGAUUGUCCUAUCGCUGCCACCUUGUAAUACUACAUCUUCUUCAGUUGUUGAAUCUACUCUUGAUGUUAGUGAGUCAGUUAGAAAGGCCGCGUACUUCGUAUUGGGAAGUAAAUUUCCACUUCAAAGUCUUAGCAUCAAGCUUAGAACUGCUGUUCUCCAGAGGGGCCUUUCUGAUAGGUCUCCACUAGUCAUGAAAGAAUGCUUUAAGAUGUUGAAAGAAGAGUGGUUGACAAAGUGCUGCAAUCAGGAUCCUCUUGUUCUCUUGAGAUAUCUUGAUGUGGAAACCUAUGAGUCAGUUGGAGAAGCAGUGAUGGAUGCACUUCUAAAAGAUGGCAUGGUGCACCUUAAGGAAGGUCAGAGUAUCAGACAGUAUUUGUGUAAAUCAGAGGGAAGUGAAGGGAAUUGCACUUCUGGCAUUCAGCUAACGGAGGCAGAGGCUUCACUUUACUGGAGGACUCUAUGUAGGCAUUUGCAAAAUGAGGCUCAAGUCAAAGGCUCCGAUGCUGCAAAUACUACUGGCACUGAAGCAGUUGUUUAUGCAUCAGAAGCUUCAGAAAAGAAUGAUCUUCUAGAGACUGUCCUUCCCGAGAUAGUAUCUGAUUAUGUUGAUUUGGUGAGAGCUCACCUUUUGGCAGGAUCAACAUAUCGCUUUGUUUCCAGGCAGUUACUAUUAUUGGGUGCAAUGCUUGAUUUUUCAGACAGCACAAACAGGAAGGUUGCUAGUUCUUUUGUGCAGGAACUUCUACUCAGGCCUCUUGAGUGUGAUGUUGAUGACGAUGGGAACAAGAUUGUCAUGGGUGAUGGAGUUAGUUUGGGUGGAGAUAGACACUGGUCAAGUGCAGUCGCUGAACUGGCAAGAAAAGUUUAUGCUGCUGCAGGAGAGUUUGAAGCUUCUGUUAGUAGUGUUUUGAAGGAGCUUAUUCAGCCUUGCCGAGAGAGAACUGCAGAUUUUAUGCAGUGGAUGCAUUGCUUAGCAGUAGCUGCACUCCUUCUAGAGAAUAUUGAAUCUCUACGGUCUCUACAAGGGAAAACCAUUGAACCUUCUGAACUGUUGCAUUCUUUAUUGCUCCCUGGGGCAAAACAAGCACACCUUGAUGUACAAAGGGCCUCUACAAGAUGCCUGUGUCUGUUUGGACUCCUAGAGAGAAGACCAAGCGGAGAAAUAGUCAAGCAACUGAGGCUGCUCCUCAUCGAUGGCCCUCCUCCAGUUAGUGUGAUGGCCUGUAUGGCACUGGUUGAUCUCAUCACAUGGCAUGGUCCUGCAGAACUCGAUAGAGCUAUAUAUCUGGAUCCUGAACAUUCAAUGUCUGAUACAACUACCCAUAGUACAGUGGAUUCCUUCAAUAUGGAGAAUUCUGGUAGCACCGGAGUGAUUAAUCUCUUGCACGCUGCAAUGGAAAAAGAUAUUAGCUGCGAAACAAAUCAGUCAGAUUAUGAGGAAAAUCUCCAUUCUAUUCUCGGGGAAGGUUUUGCAAAGUUUCUCCUUUGGAGUGCGAAAUAUCCCAGCAUUCCUAUCUGCUCCCAUCAUUUGUUCUUACGCAGGUUGAUUAUCCUUUAUUUCAGUGAUGAAACCAAGGAGAUGCAAAGGUUAACUCAAUGCUUGUCUGUAUUCUUCGAGCAUUAUCCAGCGCUCGAGCCCCUUCAUAAGGGGUGCGUUUCCAAAGUUUUUAUUCCUGUGAUGCGAUCAAUGUGGCCUGGUGUUUAUGGUAAUCCAGGAGGUUCUUCUACUAUGGUGUUCAAAAAGAGAAAGCUUGCAGUUCAAGCUUCACGAUUCAUGCUGCAAAUGAUGCAGAUGCCUCUGUUUUCCAAGGAACUUGAGGAUGAACAUUCCUUCCAUUCAGCGGAGCCAAAACUUGGAAUUGAUUGCAGAGAAGGUGGCCUGGGAAUUCGCAUUGCUGCAGAGGUGGUAAACUACUCGGAGAAGAAGACAUCUGCUGCGAAGUCAUAUCUCUCUGCCUUGUGUAGAAUUGUUGUGCUUAUUCAAUUCCGAUCAGAAGAGCAAGAAGCCAUAAAAUGCAUGAGGGGCCUCAUGCAUGUCAUGAUUUCAGCAAUAUCAUAUGACAAGGAUCUUGUCAAAGAACUGAAUCUGAUGGCCGCCCGACUCAGGUCUCUUGAUCUGCAACCUGACCAGGAACUCCCACAAGAUCAUGCCGCUGCUAUUUCUGAGAAGCUUGGGUUGGAUGGAAAUCUCAAAUUUGAUUCGUCGGUAAUGCCGCCAGUAACACCGGCUCCGGUGUCCGCCAGGACCGCCCCAGUACGACGAAGGCCGCGGCGAGAAGCUUUGUUUGAUGAUGAUGAAGACGACGACGACGACGAAGAUGACGAUGCUGCAGCUACUUUUGAGGUUCCGAUCACUCCCAGUGUUGUGAACAUACGCUCUCAGAGAGCGAGCAAGACCUUAGCAAUGAGCAGGAUGACUGCAAAAGCGAAUAUUCAUUUCUCCGAUGAUGAAUAUGAUGAUCGAGAUCGCUCUGUCUUGACAUCAGAGGACGAGUCAGAUGAAGGCACGGAGUAA